AUGUAUAUUUUUUCUUUAGGAGAAAUAGGAAAAAAAAUGCUUGCUUCUAGUGAAAAGAAAAGAUGUCGGCCAAAAUCAAAAAAACUUCUUUUUACCGGAAAUUCGGAAAAAAGGAAUUAUAAUGGCCCGGAUAAAGAUUAUGGUUUAGCUGAACCGUUGCCAGAAGAUGGUAUUUCAAAAGAAGUAUUAGAAAAAACAAAAAAAGAUUUCAUAAAUGCAUUACAGUUGAACAGUGAAGAACGAACGGCCAUCGAAGAAAAAACAAGAGACCAGGCCAAUUCUCAAAUUUGGCAUGUUGAACGUCGAAAUCGGCUUACAGCUUCGAAUUUUGGUCGCGUGUGUAAACUUCGACCAACAACAUCAUGCAAAAACACGGUUUAUGACAUUUUAUAUAGGAAGUUUUCUUCAAACGCGACUAAUUAUGGUAAAGAUACUGAACCAGAAGCUAUCGUCGCAUUGGAAAACCAAUUAAAAAUUAAAGUGAAUCCAUGUGAUUGUGGACUUAUUAUUGAUGAACAUUUUCCUUAUUUAGCUGUUUCUCCUGACGGUAUUGUCGAUGGCGAUUUUAUUGUUGAAAUUAAAUGUCCAUUUGGAGUAAAAGACACUAAGACAUUUUUAGAAGCUAUAAACAGUAAAAAGUUAUCCUUCUGUCGUCUUAGUAACAACGGGAAAAUGGAAUUGAAAUUAGAUCAACGAAAUUUUUGCUAUUUUGUUGUUUAUUCGGAAAAUUGGAUAGAAAUUCAAACAAUUAGUUUCGAUGAUUCUUUUUGGAGCGAAAAAAUGAUUGAAAAGUUAAAAGUUUUUUAUACAGAAUGCUUACUUCCAGAAAUUGUCAAUCCCCAGUACGGGAAAAGACUGUUGGUUGAUGAUAUUAUAGACCCUGAACAUAUUUUGGAAAAUAUAAAAAAAAAAAUCAAAAAUAACACAGAGACAUGGGCGACUCAACACUGGAUUUUUAAAAAUUCAAAAUCUAUGCAAGACAGCAAGAGUCAGAAAACUAACAAGUGGCUACUACAUAAUUUUCAUCAGCUAUCUAUAGAUUAUGGUGUAAUAGAAUAUGAAGAACUUGACAGAAUAUUGAAUUCGUUAAAGUUUGACUGCAUUUACACCAAAGGCGAACAGAAAAAACAACUACUUAAAGAGUAUAUACCACACGUCGCAGUCAUCAACAUUGAAGACCUGGGCUGUCCUUGA